CCGAGUCAGCUCACCAGCUCAGUCAGCUGGUAUGAUAUGGGUAUGACGACUUUUACCCAAAAGUCUAAUGUGAUUUAAUCAAACAGUAGACUUUUUCUUGCAUAAGAAAUUAAUUACUUUUUUUCAAAAAGAUAACGUGUAAGCAACAAGUCAACCAGCGUUUGAAAAUCAUGUAAAUUUUAAGAUUGAAGAUUUAGUUGGCUGAUUUGAGGCAGAAAACCAUAUCCAGAGAUCAAAGAGGAGAGAGCAAAAAUAUUUAUUCAAGGUUUUGCAGUGGAGCCUUAACACAUGCUGAUGCUUGCUAAGCCAUGUCCAAUGUUGGCUACAAGAUAAAGCUUGAUCCUGUGCCAAUUCUGAGCAGUGAACCAAGGCGAACAGAUCUCCCUCUUUGUCUCCAAAUUGCCCUCCACCGCUUAAUAACUUUCCUCCUUUCAAACAUAAAAUGUGAUAUCGACUUCCAUCGACUCGCCGAGUCUGGUCUUUACUUUUCAAAAGACAGAACAAUACUGAAGUGUCAUUUCUGUGACUUCCAAAUACCAAUAGAGAACGUCACGGACUUUGAGGAAAUUCACCGAUUUGGCACCAGUUCACAAUGUCGGAAUUACCCCUGGACUACCAAUGUUCCCAUAGGCAACUUGUCCAUGCUCAACUACAAAUUUGAGGUGCAUCGGUUGUACUCCCUGUUGAAGAAGCCAAACUGGAGAUUUGUACACCCCGUCGACCUUGCUCUGAAUGGAUUUUAUUAUACUGGCGACGAAGACAACUGUCGCUGCGUCUUCUGCAACCUCGAGGUCCGCGGCUGGGAAGAGGGAGACACUGUUGAAAGGGAACACAACCGGUGGAACCCAAACUGCCCCCUUUUGAAAAAUUCUUCGUCCGUGAUAAACAUCCGAAUCGGAGACGAGUUGGACUUGAAUCAAGGCGAGAAUGUUGCGAGUUCCAACAGGGUUGGCACCAACCCCUUCAAGAUUGUGGCUGGUCUAGACAGCAAGUACGGGCCUUGUGUGAAGUUGACAGAGCUGGCCGGAGUGGUGACACCAUCCACCCUGGGCAUCAUGGACUGGGUGGCGCCUCAGCACCCUCAGUACGCCACAAUGAACAGCAGGGUGGCCACUUUCAAGAAUUGGCCGCGCAGCAUGGCCCAGCGGCCCGAGGAGAUGGCAGCCGCCGGCUUUCUCUACACCAGCGGCAGCGACCGCACCGUCUGCUUCCACUGCAACCUAGGGCUGAAAGACUGGGCUCGUGACGACGCCCCGGCCGUCCAGCACGCCAAGUGGAACUCGGCCUGCCAGUAUCUGAUGCUGACCAAAGGAGUCCAAUUUGUCCAGAACCUACUCUGCUCCACCGCAGAGGAGAAAAAAACUGUUAAUAAGAGUUCAGCCCGCAGUAACGAGGACCUUGUGUGUGUGGAGUGCAAAAAGGCGCAGGUUUCAAAGGUGGCGCUGCCAUGCGGACAUAUCAACCUUUGCAGCGCCUGCAAGGAGGAAAAGUGCAGAAUUUGCCAGGAGGAGGUCAAGGCUGAGGUUCAUAUCUUUUUUGGCUAAAAAUUAACAACAGAGCAAUACCGAUAAUGCGCUAUUUACAUAUUUGUUGAUUUGUAAAGUACAAUAAAUUCUAGUAUUUCCGUCCAGAAAUUUGUUAAGUGUGACAUUACACUGAGUCUGCUCUAGGUAAAUAAUUGCUUUACUAAAUUAUAAAUUACUAAAAUUCGCUAAAAUCACAACAUAAUUCUGGUGCCGUAAAUUUAAAUUCAAUCUGCUAUUCAUAAGAUAAUGAAACAAGAUCUUAAAAUCCGUAGCACAACCUAAUUUCAGUAAUUUCCUUGACCUUAAACCCGCAAAGUGAUUAUUUAAUUUUGAGAAGCUCAACUGAUAAAUUAAAUUGAUAUAUUAUUUCUAGAGUGGCUAAGACUUCUCCAAUUACUGCACCAUACCACCAAAUCACGCAGAAAAAAAUUAGAUUUCUAUUUUAAUAAGUAAAAAUGCAUUCAAUUAAAAUGAAAAAAUUAUACAAAACAUUUUUAUUUUUCUACUGAAAUUUUUCUACUGAAAUGAUAUCAAGUAAAUUUUUUUACUUUUUAUAUUUUUAUAUUUAUUUGUGCACAUAAAACGAUUAUAAAAUAACUAAAACUGAGAAAAAUCAUGCAAAAAGUUUGAUUUAUUUUUAGUCUGACAAUGAGAGAUCUUAAAGUCACUUUCAUUUGUUUUCAGAGAGAUAUCCGCGCAAAGUUAAUACUGAGAAUACAUAUUUUGACACUGAGACAUCAGUAUUUGAGUAUUCAAAAUGAGAUUUUUCAAUAUCUGGUUUUUCUUCUUGUUCUAUAUUAACAAGCCUUUUGAGUAAAUUCGCGCUUCCUUCCGUUGCUGCCAAAUCCAGCGGCGUACAACCUAGAGCAUCCCGAAUUUCGCAAUCAGCGCCCUUAGCAAGCAAAUUUCCAAUAAUUUCCACACAACCCUUCUCAGCGGCUAAAUGAAGAGCCGUCCUGCCAAUGGCGGUUGCUGCGUUCACAUCCAUCCUAUCGAUCAACAAUGCUGCAAGAUCUGCAUCACCCUCGAAGCAGGCCCAGUGCAGAAGGUUCCAUCCGUCCUUGUUGGUGACCGAAACGUCUGCACCGGAAUGUACCAGGAAAUACUUCAUUUCACUACUGACACUGUUUGCCAGCGCCAACUGCAAGGCCAUCCAACCGUGCUUUGUUUUCUGCUCGAUCAAAUCCGAGCUUUUCUCCAGCAGAAUUCGCACAGUUGGCAAAUCGGCGUACCGUGCAGCGUAGUGCAGGGCGUUCCAACCAUCCCUGUCCGCGGCCGAAAGGUCGGCUCCGCGGGCCAGGAGAAAUUGGACUAGGUCCACGUGGGCACCUUCCACCGCCAGAAUCAACGGUGUCCGGCCGUGACUCGUUCUGGAGUUGACGUCGAAAAUCCCCAGGCCGAGGAAAUACUCGGCGUUUUUUAUUCUGCCGCAGUUGCAGGCGCAGUGAAGGGCGUUCCAGCCGCCGAGGGCUACGAUGGCGCCGAUGUCGGCGCCGUUCUCCACCAGACAACGACACACGUCGACGUUGUCAUUGAUGGCGGCGACGUGCAGAGGCGUCAGAACCAUGUCCCUCUUCCACGAGUCUCGCGGUUUGGGAUUUAGUUUGGCGCCGUGGGACACCAGAAUUCGAACGCUGUCUGCGUCGCCGGCCACGAUGGCCGUCUGCAGGACGCUCUUGUUGCUCCGCGUGGCGUCAACGUUGGCGCCGUUCGCGAGCAAAAGUUCUAACAUUUGUGAGUGACCUUUUUCUACAGCCUCGCAUGGCAGGUAUGAGUUUCGGCGGGUUCGAAGGACGUCGCUGAUGUCCGGACACUCGGAAAUGAGUUUUUCAAAAAGCUGGCAGAAAUUGUUUCGGGCCGUCGUGUGUAUCAAGGCCCACAGUUUGGAGGGCCGGUCUUCUGUGUCCGAAAUUUGCAAAUGGGCUCCCAUUUCCAGAAGUUGAAGGCUGAUGGUCUCGUUUGAUCGGCAGGCGGUUUCUAGGAUGGGAAAAGCGUCCAUAAUGAAUUUCAGGUCUGGAUUCUGAUCUUUGGAAAAGGUGAUGAAAGGUCUGAUCAAUUGGAAAAUAUUGACCAGAGAGUCUUUUGCCAUCAUCACUAGAAGAUCGGGGGAGAUUUUGUCUUUCAUGAAUGUUGUGAAAUUUUCCUGCAUUUCAGCUUCUUUCUGAUCCGAAAAGAACGAGUCGACGAAAACUCGAACCUGUUCCAUUUUAACUGAGUUCUGGAAAAGCUCAAAAUUUCCAAAAUUUAAUUCAGAUUCCGAUGACAAGUUGGUCAAGAAGCUCUGCGCCAAAAGAAACUCUGCGAAUGUUUGGUGAACAAAUCUGACAUUUUUGUUGCUGCGUACCGUCGCAAUUCCCGUGUUGUUGAUUUCAAAAAUAUUUUCUUCAUCAAAAUCGGCCAGUCCUUUAUUGAGGAGAACGCAUCUGGCGAACUUUUGCAAAAGUUCCAAUCUUUUUCUGACUUUCGAAGGGAACAGGCGGCUGGAGCGGUCGUACGACUCUUUCAGCACCAGCGCCUCGCCGACUUUCUUCUCCACCACUUUCGCGAAUAUCGCGAAAAGAUUAGUUUCCUCGCCGACCACUAAAUCAGCAAUCAAAGUCAGAUGGAACGGGUUUUUCAAUAUGUCUGAGGCGCCCACCCGCUCGAAAUUAUCCAGAACGGCAUUGCAUUCGUCCAAACUUUUGGCCGAGGACAAUUUCAAAAGGCGCAGUUGGUCGGGUCUUCCGAAUGGUCUAAUUUCUACUUUCUUCACCGCAACUUCCCCUUUCAAGUGAUUUAAUAUGGCAUCUUCCUCCUGAGGUCUCGUCGUUAGCCACAAAGGCAGCCUCUGGCCAGCAAUGUUCUUGACUAAGGUCAGCACCUUUUGCCUGAAUUCAGGGCAAAUUUCGUCAAAACCAUCCAAAAAAAUUACGGCUCUUUUUUCCGCAAUGACUGUCGCGGCGUCCAGCACUAAUUGCUUAGCCAUUUUUAAAAUGCUCUCGAUCGAGAUUGUGUUGGGAGUUUUGUCAAGAAAGUCGUACUGCUCAAUUAAAGGGAUUCGAAAGAGUACCUUUCCGUCAGGUAGUUCCUUCCGAAGGUGGUGCUCCAUCUCCGAGAGGAGCGUUGAUUUGCCCAUGCCGGCCGGCGCGCUGACCACCCACACGCAAUAAUUUUCCUCCUCGAGUUGCCGAAGAAAAAGGCGCCGCAGUUUAUCAAAAGAUAAUUUCAUUUCUGACUCUUCAGAAGUGUUGGCCGUUGAGACAAGAAACGUUGGCUCGACAAAGCACCUCUGCCAGUUGGGAAAGGUGAGCAACUGAUGGAGGGUGCUUGCAAUUUGGGGGUGCACAGAUUUUGACGCCUGGCCACGCUCUGAUUGUAAAAUGCUAAAAGCAAGUUCUUGCAAGCUUUUAUUUGUCUUGAGCUCUGGAUUUCCCAGCAUUCCUAAUAGCCUGUUUGCGGAAUCUGAAAUUUUUUAAAUGUUAAUUAAUUUUACAAUUAAAAUUCAGCAAUUUCUAUUAUUAAAUUUGUAAUGAUAUAUAUUCAAAGGAUUUAAUUACCUGUUGAUGGCAACGCAAUGACGAACCAACCACUGUGAUUUGUUGCUCGAAUUGACAAUUUUCGCUCCUGUUUAAAUAAAAUCCAAAUGAAAUAUUGCAUUUGGUUUUAAUUAAAUAUUUUUACCCUUUUCAAAUCGUCACUAGAUGUACAUUGGUUAAUAAUAAAAAACAGUUUUGGCCUUCCGAUCCAUUUUUCAUUGAUCGGACCGACAAAAUUCUGGA